AUUCACUUGUUGUCCGACACCGCUCCAACCGCUCUUUCUGGCCAAUCAUGUAUGCUUUGGUUUAACGGUAAUACUGACUGUGUCGUCAUUAUGAAGUUUCCAAGUUUUUGCGCGGGAAUUCCGGCUUUCAUGUAUUGAGGAUGGACUCGUCAAUUUUUGCGAAAACUUUGGAAACUAUGAAAAUCGCGCGACAUGAUACCGAGAGAAAGAAGCAAUGACUACAUUCCGAUCACCGGCUACAGGUGAACCAAGAUGGAGAAUCAUACCACUACAGAGUUCUCUUUACUCAGUACUUUGGAAACUAAUCGUACUACACCAAUUUAUACUCUCGGACCAGAAUUUUUUGCUCAAUGGAAACGUCAAAAACAGCGGGACAAAAUCUGCAAAACAAUCUACAGCGGCGUCCUAACUCUCACUGAAUGCUACGAAUCGUUUAAUGUAUCCCAAAACAUCCCUUGGGAUACAGACGAUCCGCUCAACCUAUUUAGCAACACCGACUGGAGUGGUGGUAAAUACAAAUUACAAAAUAGUACUACUGAUUAUAAUGGUACCGGUACUGGAAACUUCGACAAUAUAUUAACUCCCGUUCUAGCACCAUUCAAUUUAUGGCAAACUAUAUUAAUCGCAAUUAGUUUGGGAAUUUGUAUUAUACUAACGGUAGCUGGAAAUAUAUUAGUUUUAUUGGCUUUCAUCGUCGACAGGAACAUCCGUCAGCCCAGCAAUUAUUUCAUAGCUUCUUUAGCAGCUACAGAUAUGUUAAUUGGUACCGUGUCAAUGCCUUUCUAUACAGUGUACGUUCUCAUGGGUUAUUGGAACCUCGGUCCAUUAUUAUGCGAUCUUUGGCUAUCGGUAGAUUAUACCGUCUGUCUAGUGUCUCAAUAUACAGUACUUCUCAUCACAAUUGACAGAUUUUGUUCUGUGAAAAUAGCUGCGAAAUAUAGAAGUUGGAGAACUAAACAAAGGGUGAUAUGGAUGGUCACCAUAACCUGGAUCAUACCAGCUUUACUAUUCUUCAUAAGUAUUUUUGGUUGGGAAUAUUUUACUGGAUAUAGAGAUCUACAACCAGGAGAAUGUGCGGUGCAAUUUUUAAAGGAACCGGUUUUCAAUACUGCUUUAAUUAUCAGCUACUAUUGGACUACGCUCAUUGUUUUAUUCAUUCUGUAUGGAGGUAUUUACAAAACGGCUUUUGAUAUGCAGAAAAAAAGCGAAGCGAAACAACGGAAAAUGCAGUCUAUGGUGGCAUUAAGCGCAGGUGCAAUGAGUGGUAUGGCGGGACGAGCAGCUGGAAUAGGUCUUUCCAAAACUCAAAGUAACUCGGAAAAUGUUGAUAAGCCUCUUCCUAUUAACAAUGCUUCCGUUGUCAAGGAAAACCAGGACAAAAAUACUUUGACUGUUUUAGAAUCCUACCAAGCUGGAGGAUCAGCUGAUUCCAAUUCAAGCACUACCACUAGUAGUGCAACUACGACUACAACAACCACAACUACAGCAACUUCUUACGAAAAGAAGAAUCUUUGUCCACCUAAAGGUAAACCGGUACAAGAAAACGCUGACAAAUCAGAAAGAUCGAGUAGUCCUGCCUUCGAAUCUGACGAAGACAGCACAGCUCCAGUACAAGAAAAGGAGAAAUGUAAGGAAAAGGAGAAAAAUUUGGCUUCGAAGAAGAGAACGUCGGUAGUUGGGUUGAUUAUGCAAUCGAGUGCACCGUUGCAUGUUUUCACUCAUACCAGAAUCAAUGGGGAUAUAUCUCCUGCUAAAACAAUGGGUCGACAUCAUGAAAACAUUCACCAGCCCAAACCAGAGAAGCCUACCUUCUUUCAGAUCACCGAACAUGAACCUUUAGUCGACUCAUCAAAAUCAGAAAACUACACAGUAAGUGCAAAGCCCUCUCAACCCGACUGCCCUGUUACAAUUGUAAAUAGUAAAAGUUGCGACAGUACUUUGCAGCCCUCUGUAGAUAGUAAAAAGUUCUCUAAUAGUUUAUUAAAAACCAAAUCCACUUAUGAUUUGUUGCUUGGCUUAGAUGGUGCUGAUUUACGUUUUAUGGACGAGAGUUCUAUAGUUGUACCUUCCCCUACAUUAGAAAACCCUCCUCCUAUGAGUAAUACUAGCUCUCCUCGUCUUGUACAGGGCGAGCAGAAACUUCAGACGGAAGUAACGAUUACCGCUGAUCGGCCAAUAACAUCAGUAGUCAAUGAGGAGGAGCGUGCAGGAGAGACUGAGGAAAGCUCACCAUUGGGGGGAAUUUCAGCUAUUAGUCAAACAGGUAAAAACGGUCCUUUCAACACGUCCUACAAUAAUAAACCUAAAUUUUGUUCAGAAUCCAUAGAUAAUCCUAAGAGGGUAUUUGUUAAAUCGAUAGGAAAGAAACUGAAGGCCAAAAAGAAAACUAUCGGCCCUCUAGGCUUCGGAAGACAGAAGUCUAAAUCCGAAAACCGAGCUAGAAAGGCUCUGAGAACGAUAUCCUUUAUUUUGGGAGCAUUUGUUGUUUGCUGGACGCCGUAUCACAUAUUUGCGUUGGUGGAAGGGUUUUGCACAGAUCCUCCUUGUAUCAACAGUCACAUUUACAUGUUUUCAUAUUUUUUGUGCUACGCCAACAGUCCUCUAAAUCCAUUUUGUUAUGCUUUAGCUAAUCAGCAGUUCAAAAAAACUUUUACAAGGAUUUUAAAGGGGGACUUCCAUUUAACUUAGAUAAAUAUAACAACUUUAGAGUUGUUCCUUCCAAACAAAUAUUCCCAAGAAAUUAAAUGUAAUAUAAACAAUUCCAAAUACAAAACAGAAAAUAAAACAUAUCAUAAAAGUUUAGUUUCACUCAAUGAUAUACAUAUCCAUUUAUUUGUAGCUAAUACAUGUAAAAAUGGAUUCAGCUUCAAUAAUAAAAAAUAUUUAAUGAGGUCCUCCUUUUCCUUGCCGAUUACAUUAUAUUUUUUCUGUAAAAUCAACUCUAAAGUUUGUUAUUAAAUAGAUAAAUAGAAAAUAGUGAGUUUAUAGAAAUAGAACAAGGUACUAGAGUGCCAUAUCAAUAACCAUCUAUAUAUUUGUAUAAAAAAUUGGCUGUAACUUCACUUGUAUGGUUGGAUAUAGCCUAGUACCUAAUUGAAAAAUAUUGCAUAUAUUCAAAUAUAUUAUGUUGAUGAAAUACUACAUAAUUGACAAUAGAAAUGAUCAAGAAAUGUAUAAAGCACAAAAUGAAGUAACUGAGCUUUCAAAAAUUUUCUCGUCCUUCCACUCUAUGUAUGAUAAAUAAAUUAAAGUAGCUCUUAUGACUUAUUAUAUUAGAAACAAAAAAUGUGUGCACAGUACCACUCUGUAGAUAUGGUUGAAAAACUGAUUCUGACAAAUAUAUUCGCACAUAUUAUUUGGAAUCACGCCGGCCCUACACUUUUUGUACUAUUAUAAGCGAAGGUGAGAAAUAGUACCGAAGAUGGCGUUGUAUUUUUCAUGGUAAUUUCAGGCUAAUCGAUUUUAUGGAUAGUUUAGAUAAAUAUAAUCGAUGAUUCUGCAGGCACAUCCAAGGUAGACGGGAGGGAUACAAAAUUUUGAUUAUGUAAAAACGAAACAAUACAAAAAGUUGUUGUGGUCGCUUAAUAAUUUGUGGAGUGAUUGUUCGCAUAAUAGAAAAAAUCACAUAAAUUUCAGCCGCACAGAUAACGGUGGAUGACACGUCAGUAGCCGAUUUACACUUGAUUAAAAAAUUAGUUUUGAUUUAUUUCAUUUCGAAUGAAAUUCAAACAAAACACUAUUUUUAGGAUAUAAAGGAUUUUCGUGAGCUGACUGACAAUAUAAAUAUACAUAGAAUCUGUAGAUUAGAAUAAAUUUAAUAGAUCGAAAUACCAAGUGACAUAGUAAACAGAAAAAACAGUAUUAAUAAUUUCUAGUAUGACAGUUUUCAACCUACGGUCAAUGUGAAUUAAUUCAGUCAAAAUAUAAGUAGAGAUUUUAUUUAUUAAACAACUGCCGUUUGUUGAUAAUCUACUCACAUUAACAAAAAGAAAAAUUAUUGUCAACAUUAGCUCUUUCCGAGUCUAUUAUUAUAUAAUUAACUAAAACUUUUUUCUUCAAUAUGUUAUCGGUGUAUAUUAAAGUCUAUUUAUCGAAAGAAAAUAGUAAACCAAUACAUAUUCACGCAUAAUGCAAGUGAUCAAAGUUAAAAACGCCAAAGCCGAGCAUGUAACAGGACCGCACUCCGCACUUAAGAAAUUAUUUGCGAUUUCAUACAGCAGAUUAUCUAAUACCAUAUAUUAUAAAUAAUUAAGCACAAUUAUUAUUAUUAAAAAUAUAUACAAUGUAAACAUGCAGUUUGGAAUAGAUAUAAAGUGAACAACCAAAACACACACACACACACACAUACACACACAUAGCAUCUUAUUGUUAACACCAAGCUUGCCUUGAGGAUUGUAUGGUGGAUUCCACCCAAAACUUAUCCUUAGUAUGUCCAGCGAUACCCAGUUUCAUCCAGGUAGUAAAUUUUUCUAUUGUUUUCACGAAAUUUAUUAAUUAUUCUAAGGUAUUAUCGGUUUCACACAAUUAUUUCUGCUUUUUCUGGUAAUAAUCUGUUCCUUUCUUGUUUUUUGUUCCAAUAUCCCAUUUUAUUCAAUAAAUAAAGUCCUUGGCUUCUUUAACAACUCCUAGAACUUCAUCCACUGGUAGAUAAUUCAUUUUGCAAGAAAAAAUUGUGCACAAUCAUUUUCUUGCAUUUCAUUUUUAUAAAUAUUCACAAUCAUUUGUUUUCGCUAGCUCUUCUUAGGCGGAGUAAAUCUAACGUCAACAACUUCAUCAUCUGUCUCCGUGUCAAACAUAUUAAACAUAUUAAACAAAUUAAGCACCAGACACAUAUAAACAAUCUCCCUGCAAUACGAUAAUACGAGGCCGUCCCUGUACUACACUUGAUCUUUAGGCGCUUGCCACAAUAUACCAUGUGGUAUAUUGUGGGGCCACUGAUCUGGACAAACAACAAUGCCGCAAUGAGUUUAUCUGGGAUGUUCACGUACUGAUAACGCACUGAUCAUUGUUUUGGUUUACCAUUUUUCAUCGAUAAAUAGACUUUAGAUUCAUCGUCAAUGUUUCAAAAGUAACGAAUUUUCAAUUUCUAUUCGUAUCCUUUUCGUUUUAUUUCAAAUGGAACUUUGAUUUAGAAUGAUUAUGAUAGAAGAAUAGAGUUUGGUGGAACAUGUCUUUUGGAGUCAACGUCAUCCCUAAUUCUAGCAAUGAAUUCUUUAAAUGGGAGUGUUAUAAGUUGUUGCCAUUAUUGUAACGAAAACCCGCAUAUCUUCUGGCACAAUACUCACGAACAAAUAGUAUUAUUGGACUGAAUCCUUCCUGAUUAACAUUAGUUCAUUUAAUCGUAAUCAAACUUUUCUAAAUAACACAAAAGUUACUAAUUUACUGAAUAGUAAUAAUCUUUUUACAAAAAAUGAAUCUGUAUCAGUGAUUUUAAAUUUUUGAAACUAGUAACACUUUCCUUUUAGUUUUUUCACACAUUAUUUCGCUACUUCUUAAUUUUUCACAUUAGAAAUCUACUACCUAUCUCAACGGUGCAAUGAGUGGUAUAGAUGUUUUUUGAAAUAAAAAAUCUUUUACUUUUAACAAAUGUUUGUCAAGAAUUUAUAUUAUAUAGGUUUUGAAUGGUCAUUUACACAUCAUGUUUCUACAUUCCUUUAAUUGGAUAGGGGGUGUAAGUAAAAUUUGUAUGUUGAGGUUCGAUCAGACAAUAAAUAAUGCAAAUUGUCAAUUAAGAAAUGUCAACUAGUGAUUGUGAUUAUAAAAAUCUUCAUAUAAAUAGGACAGUAAAGGUGAGUUCAUUCAGAAAAAAAAGAUAAGAGAAAAUGAAAAUAACAUAGAGUUAACACAAAGAAAUAACAUAAUCUAAGAUAUAAGCUCCACUUAAUCAAAUUUUGUGCGUGCCAAUUUCAAUAUCACUUUGUCCCGAUAUUUUUCUGAACCUAACUAGAAAGUAGUAUUUAAUACGGAAAUUUUUACAUGCUGACCUUUUCCAAAAAUACUCAAAGAAUUCCAAAAAAACAUCAAGAAAAUAAACUUUUUUAGGUUACAUCUACAAAGCAACUUUAGUUUUCAACCACGGACAAGUGAUUUUGUUUGGAAUGUAUGAGAAAAAUCUAUUAGUGCUAAAACGUCAAAGCCAGUCGUGGAAUGCGUUUUCACAACAAGCUUAAGAUAUUUUGUGAGGCUGUGUUCAACUAUGAAAAAUGCUUUUAUUUUCAUAUAAAUUUUGGUAUGUUAUAAAAAACAAAAGCACUGCCUGAAAAGAAAUAUGUUAAAUUUUGUAGUCAAGUUGAAUAUACCUGUAUAUGCAAUAUUUUUUAUCGAUAUCAAAACCCAAGCACUGCAAUUUUCUUGAUAAAACGGCGAUAAUUAUAAGAAAAAAUAUAGUUAGUGAAGAAUAAAUCAAUAAAAUUAGUAAUAGUAAGCAGACAAUAAUAGAUAAUUCCGAAUUAGAAACUUAUAUCAAAGUGAUAUAAAAUUUGAAAUUAUGGCAGUUUUUUAUGAAGAAGUAAUUCUAGGAAGCAUUUUGAAUUAAUUAACUCAUAUAAAAUAUUUAUUAGUAUUUUGUCUCAAAAAUAGAUUCAACAAUUAAUAAUUUUUUCUUAUCAUUUUCUCAAUACAAUAAUUGUGGUAUUUAUACGAAUGUGAAAGAAUAGGUUAACUCAAACAGUAUUAUAACGAUUUAAUGUACUGUUUUUACUACCCCAACUCUUAAAACAAAUGAAGCUUGUUUAAAAGGUUGGUUGUUUCGACGCCUUCGAAAAAGCUCCUCUUUAAUUAAAAAAACACUGGGAAUUUUUUUUGCUUCAGAACAACACGUACCUCUACAAAAUCUAACUUAGUUUUUCGGUAUAAACAUUUUUUAUGAGAAUUUAUCAGGGAAAAUAUAAUUUUAUACCAAAUAUAAAAAAGUUGACCACUGAAAUCAAUAAAACAACAAUAUUUGAUCAAAAUAACAAUAAACAAAAAUCUGAAUUAAAAAAUUUUCCAGGUUGAUUCAGUCUAUUAAAUUAAAAAAAAAAACAAAGAUAUUCAAAUUGAUAUUUUUAUUUUAAAAUUACGAUAGAACAAAUGUUAUUUUAAUAUUUAUAUUUUUUCACUCAAAGCCUCAAGUAAACUUUCUUUCGUGUUGUCAAUGACUUGUCUUCUAUAAUCAUCUAAGUUUGAAUGAGGAAUUGUUUCUGUCCUUCAUCUUUUUUAUCAAAUCCUUGUACUCUCUGUUAUUCAUUCAAAACAAGCUUUAGAGGGCAACGCAAAAAUUUAAUUUUUAACAACCACCCUUUUGUUCAAUGUAUAUAAAUAGAUACUUAUCAGCUGUUACUACAAACACUUUCAGAAAAUCAGUUUCAGAGAAGUACAAACGAAUACAACUUAUUAUAAGAAGUGUUUACAUGUUUUAAAUAAUCUUAAAUAAAUUUAUACUUUAGUUUUAACAUAACUACACAAUUGUGAACUUUUUCACAAAUUCUCAAAUUUUGUAUAGACAUUUUUACACCUUUCUAUUAAUACAAUUUAAUAUAGUAUGUUGAAAACUUUUUAUCUAAUGACAUUUACAUAAUCACUGAUACAUUGUCGUCUUAUUUGAUAUAUUUUUGUUAUCCUCUAAAAUAUUCAAAAUGCUUCAUGCUUUCAACUAGAAAUGAUCUUUUUCCAAACAAUUGAUACUCACGAUUGAUUUAUAUAAGAAUUGUAUGUAUAUUUGUAUUGUAUAAUAAGUGUAAACUGUAAAUUAGAUUAUAAGAACCAUUUAGUUUACAAAAAAGUGAUGUUAGCCUGCUGUAUUUGAGCCCUAAAGCACGAUAACGUCGACUUAUGUAAAUAAAGUAAAAAAUAAAGAUGAUUUUUCAUA